CUGUGACCAGGACCCGCCCUCCACACCUGACACCAUGACCCACUCCUGCUGCUCCCCUUGCUGCCAGCCCACCUGCUGCAGGACCACCUGCUGCAGGACCACCUGCUGGAAACCAGCCUGCAUCACCAGCUGCUGCAGCGCCCCCUGCUGCCAUCCCACCUGCUGCCAGCCCACCUGCUGUCAGACCACCUGCUGCAGGACCUGCUUCAAGCCCAGCUGUGUGACCAGCUGCUACAGCACCCCUAUCUGCCAGCCUAGGUGCUGCGUGUCCAGCUGCUGCCAGCCCACCUGCUGCCAGCCCACCUGCUGUCAGUCUAGCUGCUGCCAGCCCAGCUGUUGCCAGCCCACCUGCUGCCAGCCAGCCUGCUCUGGACCUGUGUACUGCACCAGAACCUGCUACUAUCCUACCUGUGUCCGCCUGUGCAGUGGCCUCCCCGAGAGCUACGGAUCCGGCUGCUGCCAGCCUUGCAGCUGCUGACCAAGUCCUCAAAAGCUUACCAUGUGCACAACCAAAUUCUAGGGACCAGUAUGCCACUUCCACACACAUCUCUCCCUGUGACAGCCAUCAUGCACAGCAGGGAAUCUGUCCCUCGUCUCCUGGUAGACGGCUUUGAGGGAGUGCAGAGCCUGCCACCCUCUUCUGCCCUAGGCCCUGCAGAUGUUUAGCCAGCUUUUCAGAUCAUGGCGUGCAGUUCUGGCCUUGGCUUCCAAAGCCAAGAUCUUUAUGUCAUCCCCUGAAAACCUGGGAAAACUCUUCAUGAAGUCAUAAGUUUUCGCAACUUAUCAAUCCCCAGCCUAACCACGGUUUCCUUUGCAAUGUGCUCUGCAUGCGCAUUGCAUUUAUUCUACUUUCUCCUUUCCUCAUCACCUAGAUUAUGCAGCCUCCAUAAAUUCUUAAUAAAUGCUGUGCUGUGACUCA